AUGCAGUUCAACAGCGUCUUCCUUAUUGCCUUUGCCGCUGUCGCCGUCUCGGCCGGUGAGCUUCGCAUGGUUCGCCGUGCGGAGAAGCCCGCCAAGGUUCUCACGGGCAAUCCCACUAUUAAAAUCACCGGCACUGGUGUCGACGACGUCGCGGCCAAGCCCGAUGCUUGCGGAACUGUCACCCCCGAGGGUCAGAACCCUCAGACCGUCUGCAUCAAGAAGGUCACCGCCACGGGAUUUGAGGCCACCGUCAAGGACGGGAAAACCAACCAGGUUGAGAAGUGCACGGUGGAAGGCAAGGAGGGUGCCUGCGGCACUGCUGGUGCUGGCGCCAAGCUGAGCAACCUGGCGGACAACUAA